CUUGUUUCGUUAAAAUUUUAUUAUAAAACCGUGCCAUGAUCCUUCAAUCACGCAUGCAGCAAAAUCAAACCAUGAACCUGCUCCUCUAUCUCCUCCCUCUCCUCCUCCUCCAGAACCCCACCUCAAAUCUCUCAGCAACGACCUCCCACUCGAUCCUCCUCUCCUCCUGCGCCGCCGCUCGCCACCCCGACCUCUGCUACUCCACCAUCUCCGCCUCCCCUCACCUCCCCUCCCUCUCCUCCCACAAUGACGUCAUCCACGCCUCUCUUAACCUCGCCGUCUCCUCCAUCCAAAACUCCUCCUCCCGCCUCCAAACCAUCUCCCUCUCCUCCGCGACUCUCACCCGUCGCGAACGCAAUGCCCUCCUGGACUGCAUCUACUUGUUCCAGGACUCACUCGAGGAGCUUCGCCUCGCCGAAAGCGGUGUCGGUGCUUCGAGGUUCGAUGCCGUGGACGUCGAGUUCCUCAUUAGUGGCGCCAUGACCAACCACGAGACGUGCAUUGAUGGGUUCUCGCACGAUGAGGUUGAUCGUAGGCUGCGGGCGAGGGUCCUCGAGGGCAUUGAUCACGUGAUACGCAUGUGCGCCAACUCUCUGGCGAUGGUCAGAAAUGGGACGUCUCCGGCUUCUAGGCUGCCGUCAACCAAAUGGACGGAGAGGUUAGAAGGGGAGGAGCAGGCGGAGGUGGAGGUCAACGUUACGGUGGCGGCAGACGGAAGCGGGGAUUUUAGGACGGUGGGGGCCGCGGUGGACGCGGCGCCGGAGAAAAGUAAGAGUAGGUAUGUGAUCGAGAUAAAGGAGGGGAGGUAUGACGAGUAUGUGUUUGUUGGGAAGAAGAAGGUCAAUCUGAUGUUUGUGGGGGCGGGGAGGGGGAGGACGGUCAUUAGUGGGAACAGGAGCGUGGCGGAUGGGCUCUCUACCUUCCAGACUGCAACCCUGGCUGUAGAAGGAGAUCUAUUCCUCGCCCGCGACCUGACGAUAGAAAACACCGCCGGCCCGUCAAAGGGCCAGGCGGUGGCCCUCCGCGUCAAGGCCAACUUCUCUGCCUUCUACAACUGCGACAUCCUGGGCUACCAAGACACGCUGUACGCCUUCCACGGCCGGCAGUUCUACCGCAACUGCCUGAUCCGGGGGACCGUCGACUUCAUCUUCGGCAACGCCGCCGUCGUCUUCCAAGACUGCGACAUACAAGUUCGUCAGCCCAACCCGGGCCAGGAAAACAUGGUCACGGCCCAAGGGCGCAAUGACCCGGAUGAGCCCACGGCCAUAUCGAUCCAUCGGUGUAGGAUUGGGGCGGAGCCCGGGUUUAACAAAUCCUUGAACCCGUCGUACUUGGGCCGGCCCUGGAAAGAGUACUCGAGGGCAGUGAUUAUGCAGUCCAAUAUCACUGAAGUUAUCCAUCCAGCAGGGUGGCAUGAGUGGGAUGGGCGGUUUGCACUGGAUACUUUGUAUUACGGUGAGUAUAAUAACAGUGGGCCUGGUGCUGAUACGGCCCAAAGAGUUAACUGGACUGGGUAUAGGGUUAUUUAUAAUUCUACUGAGGCCCAACAGUUUGCUGCUGGGAGCUUGAUUACUGGUUCAGAGUGGUUGGGGUCCACAGGGUUCCCCUAUUACCUUGGAUUGUGAGUCCAGAUGGAUCUGGGAAUAAUAUACUAGCACAUUUAUGGUUUAUAGUUAGCUUGGUUUG